AUGGCAUUCUCACUAAUUAAAAGAUUGCCUUUCAUCCUUACCAUCUUCAUUGUACUGUUAUUUUCUUCCAAUGUUGUUUUAGCUUUUGCUUCUAAUAAAUCAGCUGUCCAGAUGAAAGGACAAGAAGUAGACGCUCUUCUCAAAUGGAAAGACAGCCUUGACGAGCCCACUAAUUGCCUCCUUUGCUCUUGGAAUUUUGUUCAUCAUAACUCCACUUCUUCUGAUCUCAAAGCUGACAUCAAUACUUCCCCUUGCCAAUGGGUUGGGAUCACUUGUGAUGAAUCUGGACAUGUCAUACACAUAGACCUUUCCUUCAGUGGUUUGGGAGGUACUUUACAAUUCUUCAACUUCUCAUCUUUCCCUAACCUUAUCAGCCUUGACCUUUCUCACAACUUUCUCCAUGGAAGCAUUCCCCCCCACAUCAGUAACCUUUCCAAGCUCAUGUAUCUAGACUUGGCUGUUAAUAAUUUCUCUGGUAAUGUACCAUCUGAGAUAGGUUUGAUGGCAAGUCUUCGCUGCUUGCUUGUCCACUAUAAUCAGAUUGCUGGAUCUCUACCUUGGACGAUAGGGAUGUUAAAAUCUCUCGACGUGUUUGUUUUUUCUUACAACAAUCUGACAGGUCCUAUUCCUGCUUCUAUAGGAAAUUUGAUUGAACUAAGAGCUCUAAACCUUCGUUACAACAAACUUUCUGGUUCAAUCCCUCGGGAAAUUGGAAAGUUGAGGUCACUCAGUGCUGCCUUUUUGUCUCACAACAAGCUCACAGGUCGACUUCCUGCUUCCAUAGGAAAUUUGGGCAAACUUACCAUUCUACACCUUCAUGACAACAGACUGUCUGGUUUAAUUCCUAUGGAAAUAGGAAUGUUAAUAUCCCUUAAAGAACUUGUUUUGACAAACAACAGUCUCACAGGUCCUAUUCCAGCUACUUUGGGAAACCUGAAAAAUUUAACUUCCCUUUAUAUUGUAAACAACAAGCUUACUGGAUUCAUUCCCAAAGAAUUAGAGUCACUAAAAUGUCUUCGUGAGCUUUGUUUGCAUUCUAAUAGUCUUCAAGGUCCAAUUCCCACUUCUAUAGGAAACUUGAGCAUCCUAGAAUUUUUAGACCUUGGUUUCAACAAGCUUUCAGGAUUCAUCCCUCCAGAAGUUCUAUUGCUGAAAUCCCUGAAUUGGAUUGGACUGAAUGACAAUGGCUUAACAGGUUCAAUUCCUGCUUCUGUUGCAAAUUUAGGCAGUAUAGAAUUUCUAUACCUUUAUCAUAAUCAUCUUUCUGGAACUAUCCCUCUUGAAUUAGGAAAGCUGCAAUCUCUUAUUGAGCUUGACCUGUCAACAAACAAUCUCAGCGGUCCCAUCCCCGCAUCUAUAAGAAAUUUGAGCAACUUAACUCUUCUGUACCUUCAUAACAACAUGCUUUCUGGAUCAAUUCCUUCCACCAUAGGGAACUUAACCAAGCUCACAGAGUUGGAACUAUCAAUCAAUCAUUUUUCUGGCUAA